CUCUCUCUCUCUCUCUCUCCUCACUUUCUCCGAUCAUCUCAUCUGCGGCGCCGGCGACCAGCGGCCAUGCGGGUGGCACUCAGGGUGCUCGUCAUCGUCCGCGACGGCGCUGGCUACGGAUCAGCCCUCGCCGACGCUCUCCGCCCGCCGCCGGGGCUCACGAGGGAUUCCUCACCCUUCGAGAUCCCGCUCGGUAAGUACGGCCUCGACGGCGAGAAGGCGUCUGGCGAGCUCGUGAACUUCUCGGAUUCCAGUGGCUCACCUCAGGUGUCCGUUUUUGUUCUGCCAGACUAUAAACCUCCUCUUGCGGCAUGUGCUAUGAAUGAGGUUUUGCAACUGAUUUCUUCUGAAGCUACCUCCACUGAGCGAGUUCUAAUUGUCCCAUUCAUCACAAGAUCGUCAAGCUAUCAUGAUGGAAUGGACCAUGCAACAAAAGCAUCGCCUGUACUUUAUAGUGAUAAAAUAGGGGCAACAACGGACUUUACUCGCUCAUUGGUUGACGGGACUACUAAACCUCCUACAUCCUUACAAAUACGUAGUGAGCCAAUAUUAUGUUUGUUGGAAAUGGUGCGCGUGUUGAAGAUGCCUACAGUUCUUCUUGUCACUUCUGGUGGGCAGCAGCGAGGCAAAAGCUCUACAGAUUCCGAUCUUGAGGUGCUGCAAUGCGUAGGAGACUACUUGGCCCGGCACAUCAACUUGGAGUUCUCAAAAGAAACUGUCCUUGAGAGGGGGAUCGAGAAAUCACCGAUCGUUCAGGAACCCUGGCGUGAACUGUACGGCUGACAAAAUUCUGCCUUGUCGGCACUAUCUGACUUAUAGCUUUGUCAGCAUUGCAUGCUGGAUUCGGAUGAAUUUGCAUGUUCUUGAGCUGGAAUCGCGGAAGAUCUGGUCUUUCGAAGUUUGUAAUAUGAGUCUCAGUCUCUUUACAACAGCAAAGCCUGGUGUACUAGUACACUUUGUCUCUUCUUCAGUUGAACGCGAAAUGAACAAAGCUUUGAAA